AUGGAUGAGGAGUUUUUGGUUGAGUUCGAUGGCGUUGAACUACAUCUUAAAAUAGAAAUUUACGUAGCAGAAAAUGAGCACAUGUUGUGGCCCAUUCCAACAAUCAUCUUCCUGCUGUUCAAGGUAUUGAUAGCCGUGUACACAGGACUGUUUACCAUCUUUGCUCCAACUUUUGUGGGACUCAAAUAUUUUUGCUACCUAACGAACGUAUCGUAUACAAUAGUUGCAAUUUAUUUCAUCAUAUCAGCUUUUAGAACCGUAAUUUUUGAAGUUUUAUUUGGUGCAUCUCACAAAAUUCAGUUUGCUUCGGACAGUAAUAAUCACAAUUCAAAAAAUCAAGUGAUGAAGGUUGAAGAUCAAAGUGGAGCAAAGUUGGUAAUGUUGAAAGUAAGCAUUUAUGUCGAAUGGAUGGCUCGUCACCUCGGUUACUGCCUCUCCCUGAUAGUUUGUGUUUCUUUCUACUCUUUGGAGGCCAGAGUUGAUGGGGAGCCUGGAACAUCUCUCUUCGACGUCAACUCUCACAUCGUCAUCAACUUCAUCGUCUUUAUCGAUUUGUUCCUCUCAGCAACGCCCGUCAAACUGUUCCAUUUUAUCUGGUUAAUCAUUCUCGGCAUGUUCUAUGCUCUUUUCACAUAUUUCUACUUCAACGCCAAUGGCGAAACUUUGUACAAAUCCUUAAACGAUCGAACCAACCCGUCAGCAUCCUUAAUGUAUUCAUCGAUGAUCGCCAUAUUUGGUUCUAUUUUGAGUACUCUGUUAAUUUAUUGCUGCUAUUUGUUGAGAAUAUUUUUGUACAUUAAAUUAAGAUUAGCCAAGAAAAAGAUAUUUAUUUAA